CCUUGGCUGGCAUGAAGUUUAACCAAGCACCUCAUUGCCUACAUAGUUUAGACGACGAUACCCAAGAUUUGGGGUUUCUAAAGUUUCCAUCUGAUAAGAAAAGCCUCUUUCUCAACUGCCAUGGCUGAAGCAUCGAGUCCCUCGGCACCUGCAGCCUCAAACGCCUCCAAGAGGCUCAGGGAAGACGGCGAGGCUAUCAAGAGCCGACUUUUGGAUCAACACUUCCACAUCACCCGCUAUGUAGAUCCGUUGGUUCCACGAAAGACGUCAGACCCUCAAAACUGGCCAAGGGGUGUGACGCCCGAGAUGGAGCAGAAGUGGCUGGCUAUCAUUAAGGAGCAUCGUUCUACUAAGACUACCUAGGUAUGGGAUAUUAGAUACUUAGUAUGGUGGGCAUUUGGUGGGAAUUGGCGAGGCUUUCAUUUCACGAUGUAACGACAACGCAUAAAGGGCUGUAUUGUACUUGAUUAAACAGCUUUUCUUUACGACUGUAGCCGGCGAUAACAGGGAUGUUACUCAAUAUCUGUGUGCUUUACUCUCAUUUCGCUCUUGACGCCAUACGAUGGCUGGCAGCUCUAAUAGAACAAUAG